AUGCACAAUGAAAGGAAAAAAGAGUUGCUGUCAUGGCGCACCAAUAAGAGCAGUGGAGCUCAUGAAGAUAGGCUAACUAUAUUUAAGGAGACCCGCCAUCAGUUACUAGAGAUGUUGGCUGCUGACACUGCAUGGCUUUCCAAAAUGCAUCUUAUGGACUAUUCCUUGCUUUUGGCCACGUCAUUCCACAUCGCUCAUCAUGCAUUCUUAGGUAUACACGACUGCGAGCGCGCCGCGGAAGAAGCUGCUAAACGUCCAGUAGAGCACGUCAGUGAAGAAUCUGCUGAUGAGCUGUGCCCAACCCCUCCUGACUCACCGAUUCCAUCUACAGGUGCCUUCCCACCGCUCUCUGGCGGUCCAGAUUUGGACGACGAGUAUUAUGCUAUCGCAAGCCAUCCCGAUGCUCCAAAGAAGCUGAUUUACUUUAUCGGGCUUGUAGAUAUUCUCACCUAUUACGGAGUGAAGAAACGCACGGCUACAGCAGCGAAAACGGUCAAGUAUGGAUCAGAUGCAGAAAAUAUCAGCACAGUGAAACCAGAUCAGUACGCUCGGCGUCUCGUGGACUUUGUAACUAAAGCCGUUACACCUGGAGCGUAA